AUGCAUAAAAUACUAGGCUUUAGGAAUUAAUUUCAAAGAUUCAUAAACUUGCCAGCAGUAAGAAAAUUUUCUAUUGCAGCCACCUAAAGCCAAAAUUUCCCAACAUUCUUGACUCAACAGCCAGGUCACGCUGAUAUCUUGUAUUCUGAGUCUAACAAUAUCAUAUUCAACCUAGCGAUUGAAGAGUAUAUGUUUGAGCAUCUGCAUGUUGUCAAUCCCGUGCUUUUUAUUUACAGAAAUGAGAAGACCAUCAUUAUUGGAAAACAUUAGAACCCUUGGAAAGAAUGCAGAGUCUAGCUCUUAGAAGAAGAUGGUGUCUUACUUGCUAGGAGGAAAUCAGGUGGAGGCUGUGUAUAUUAAGAUAUGGGAAACUCAGUAUUUUCCUUCAUCAAUCCAAUUGAGGAUUUUUCUAAAGAAGAUUAUAAGACAAUGAAUAAUGACAUUCUCAUUAAUGCAUUGUCUAAGUUUAAUGUCUAGGCAGAGCCAUCUGGUAGGAAUGAUAUACAUGUAAAUGGAAAAAAGGUGAGUGGCUCAGCCUAUAAGCUAAGUCUUGGAAAGAGAGAUGGUAGUGGGAAAAAAUCUCUUCACCAUGGCACUAUGCUCUUAGAUGUUGAUCUGAAUGCCCUGCAAAGAUACCUAAACCCUAAUAAAUUAAAGUUAUAAUCCAAGGGGGUUGAAAGUGUGAUUAGUAGAGUAAUGAAUCUUAAAGAGAUUCAUUCAGGAAUUGGCCAUGAAAGCUUUGGCUAGCACUUAUCUACAGCUUUCAGGCAUAAGUGGCAUGACAGGACUGUAAUUGAGAAAUAAAUACAAGUAGAUGAUAUGAAAAAUAUACCAAAGCUGAUGGAGAUUUACGAGAACUGCUAGAAGUGGGAUUGGAGGUUCGGUGAGACUCCUAGCUUCACCAACUAAAUCGAAAAGAAAUUUGAGUGGGCUUUAAUGGAUGUUUAGUUUGAUGUGCAAAAGGGUAAGAUUUCAAAGGGUGUAGUUUACAGUGACUCAUUGCUCCCAACAUUCAUAGAUGAGAUGAAUGAGAUUUUAGCCUCUGGAGAAAUCAGCUAUGAUGUAGAGGGUAUUAAAGAUUUAGGCAACAAAUUAAGUUAGAAAUUCUAGGAUAAUGAAGUAGUUAUCAAUAAAUAUGUACCUGAGCUAGUUUAAUGGAUGAUUGAAGCUAUUUGA